AGCUUAUAGGUAUUCUAAGUAAGAGUUAAUAAAACUUUCUCUUACUGCACUUAAUCACAUAUUUCCCUUACCUUGUGAGAAAAUGAAGAGUACAAUGUGUUGUGAAGGAUUUUUCAAGAACUCCAAGCCUUAUCUGGCUAUGAUCUCCCUUCAGUUUGGUUAUGCAGGGAUGAACAUUAUAACUAAGAUUUCUCUUAAUGGUGGGAUGAGCCACUAUGUUUUGGUGGUUUAUCGUCACGCCAUUGCAACGGCUGUCAUAGCCCCGUUCGCUUUCUUCUUCGAGAGGAAAGCUCAGCCAAAGAUAACAUUCCCAAUAUUCAUGCAAAUUUUUGUUCUUGGCCUUCUUGGGCCGGUCAUCGAUCAGAACUUUUACUAUGCGGGGUUGAAGUUAACCUCCCCAACAUUUUCUUGUGCAAUGAGCAACAUGCUUCCUGCCUUGACAUUUGUCAUGGCAUUUAUAUUCAGGAUGGAAAAAGUAGACAUAAAGAAGGUUAUAUACCAAGCAAAAGUAUUAGGAACAAUUGUAACAGUGGCUGGAGCCAUGUUAAUGACCUUAUAUAAGGGACCAAUUGUUGAGAUGGUUUGGUCCAAACAUGUUCAUCCACGAGGAUCUAGUGCCACUUCUUCUAAAGAAACCAGUGAUCGGGACUGGUUUAUUGGAUGCAUUCUUCUCAUUAUCGCCACCCUAGCAUGGGCAUCUUUGUUCAUUCUACAGAAAGUCGCACUGAAAACGUACGCGAAUCACCAGCUCUCUCUCACCUCAAUGGUUUGCUUCAUGGGAACCAUACAAGCUAUUGCUGUUACUUUCGUAAUGGAACACAAGCCUUCAGUUUGGCAAAUUGGCUGGGACAUGAAUCUCCUUGCUGCAGCAUAUGCUGUAACUCUCUCUCUCUCUCUCUCUCUCUCUCUCUCU